UUCUCCACAUGGACAGAACCCCGGUGAGCCAUGGACAAGAUUAGUUUUUUUAUUAUUACCCUGCUCGAUGUUCUGGUGUCUUUUGGUACCGGUCAGGAAGAUUUACGCGCGCGCGUCGGCCCGUGGAAACACCAUAUUCGGUGGGAGAAUAACGGUCAGGUUUAUAGUCUGCUCAGCACCGGGUCUCGUUAUCUUUUGCCUUCGCAGAACAGAAGACGCACGCAAAUGUUACUGACAACAAAAAACAUGUUUAACCAAAUGGACCAGCCAGUUGCGCUCAGCAGGUCCACCAGAGCCAGGUCUGUGAGCGCCGAGGACGCACCCAGGGAUCACUCUGAGCAAAGGGUGGACAGUAAAGUUGAUUCCUCGGUUCUGGGUGCUGAUGCGGGUCACUACCUGCUUGCAUCCGGCCGGCCUGCUGCGCACAGUCGGACCAGCGGUGAUGCUGCGGAGCGCCUAACGCACCGGACUGCAUCUAACAGCACCUCAGCCGCUUUCCCAGAGUUUUCCGGCAGCGGAGUCCCCAGAGGAGGCCGCAGCAUUCCCGGUGAAGUUGGUGCACAACAGCUCAGCCCGGCCCCGCUCAGGGUGCAGGACUUUACGCACACCCGGGUCGGCACGUUAGCGUCUGAGAGCUCGGAUUCACCUCCAAGAUCUGUCUUGCUCACCCGGACUGUGGACAGCGGGAACCCCAAUCAGAGCAGAGCGCAGUCACUGACCAGAAUCUCCCCAGAACCAAACCAGCCCCCCACUGCGCUCUCCAACAACGCUGUGGAAAUACACGUCCCCAGCAGAAUGCCGGAAAAUUCAGACGAGAGUGACCCCCAGAAUCCGCACAGCAUCCACCACAGGAACUCCGUUUUCUAUAAUAUUUACCCAGCAGACCGCAGGAACAGGCAAAACGCACGGAAUCCACCCGCAACCGGUUACGGUACCAGGUUCUUCCACAACGGUCUCCCAGAUCUGAUACCUGACCCUUACUACAUCCAGGCUGCCUCCUACAUCCAGAGGGUUCAGAUGUAUGCACUCCGCUGUGCUGCAGAGGAAAACUGCCUUUCCAGGUCUGCCUAUCAUCCAAGUGUGAGUGACCUGGACUACCGUGUUUUGCUGCGGUUUCCACAGCGAGUCAAGAACCAGGGAACAGCAGACUUCCUCCCAAUCAAACCCAGAUCCGAGUGGGAAUGGCACAGCUGUCACCAACAUUACCACAGUAUGGAGGCCUUCAGUAACUAUGACCUGCUGGACGUCUCCACUGGACAGAAGGUUGCUGAGGGACACAAAGCCAGCUUCUGUCUCGAGGACACGUCAUGUGACCCAGGGGUACGGAGACGCUUUGCCUGCACUGCUCACACACAGGGGCUUGGUCCUGGUUGCUAUGACACCUACCACGCCAACAUCGACUGCCAGUGGAUCGACAUCACUGAUGUGCCGCCUGGAGACUACAUACUUAAGGUGACAGUAAAUCCCUCUCAGCUGGUCCAGGAAUCCGAUUUCUCCAACAAUGAGUUAAGGUGUGACGUCAGGUAUACAGGAAGCUUCGUCCAGGCAAGAAACUGCAGGAUCGUUGUGAGCUGACCUGAAGAAGACCGACACGUUCACACUCAGAUGUGUUGCUCCUGAUGUAAAGCUGCUGCUCUGUUCUUAUGCCAUCUCACUGUUAGCUUUACAAAUUAAUCUUUGUAUUUAUGUCAUUUUGUAGUAAAAAAAGCCUUGUGUUAAUUUUCUUUAUUUAUGUGAAGAAUCAUCCAGUCUCUGUGCAAUAGGAAAGUGUUCUGAAGAUUUAUUCAUGAAGAAGAAAAUGGUGCUCGUUUUCCCUUUGAUAUAAAAUGUAUUUUAAGUUUAAAUUCGUUUGAUAACAAAUACAUGUAUGAUAAAGUUGAAUAAUGUGGAUUUUUUUGUGUAAAACACCAAACUGUGCAUUUAAUUUGUUGAUUUUGAUUAAAUCUGUAGUCUUUUAAACACUAACAGAGCUUACUUGUUAGAUAAAUAUUCUGGAUUUGCAUUGAAUUUUAUAAUAAAUUGUAUUUAGAUUUUAAAACCUGAAGUACGACUGCCUUGUGUUAAAGCCUGGGUAAUGAUCACGGCUGCUGAUGGGAUAAUUUGUGUAAAUUUCCAACUACGUGAGGACACACAGUGCUCAUAGGAGGAGUUUAGUGGCUGGUUUUGUUUGACUGCUUCUGGACUAACAACCCUCUGAGAAAUACCUGUAAUUAUUCCACUUUGCACAGAAACAGCAGGAAGAUAAAUAGUGCAUCACACCGUGA